AAGGAACAAUUCUAGUGCUGUCGUGGAAUGAGAAACAAGAAGAAUGACGGAUUGAAUUGAAAAAGAAACAGCUGAACAAGAAUUAACUGUCUACGAAUGAUGAAAGUAAAUUGAUGAAGUAUAAAACUUAGAAAUUAGAUAACAGAAGUAGUCAACUGCAUCCAAAUUCAGCUGAUUUAGGGCAUUUACGGGAACCUUUUACCUUUUGGGAAGUGAAAGUGGCCGUGAUAUCGAAUUAGUAUAACCGAACUGAAAAUGACCCAUGUAGUACAAACACAAAAACAAGUCAUUCGUUAAUUGGUAAAAGUGCCUAAGGUCCUAUUUUCAUCUUGUAACUAUGAAGGAUUGUUUAAAGUGUUGAUAAGUUAGUAAUGUACCCUAAAAUUAAUUGUGUGUAAUGAAUACCUGCUAGUAAUUACCGAAUUUGGAGCGAGAAAAGAGAAAGAAAAUGUCAUCGAUAAAAAGUGGAGGUCUAACCAAAAAGGAAGGCAAGAUGAGGAUCAGAGCCUUCCCAAUGACUAUGGAUGAAAAAUAUGUAGAAAGUAUAUGGGCUUUAUUAAAGAAUGCUAUACAAGAAAUUCAAAAGAAAAAUAACUCAGGUUUAAGUUUUGAAGAAUUAUAUCGAAAUGCAUACACCAUGGUAUUACACAAACAUGGUGAACGCCUUUAUACAGGAUUAAAGGAAGUGGUCACCCAACAUUUAGAAGUGAAGGUUAGAGAAGAUGUGUUACGAUCUUUACAUAAUAAUUUCCUUAUGACUUUGAAUCAAGCUUGGAAUGAUCAUCAGACCUCCAUGGUUAUGAUUAGAGAUAUACUCAUGUAUAUGGACAGGGUCUAUGUCCAACAAAACGAUGUUGAUAAUGUAUAUAAUUUGGGACUUAUCAUUUUUAGAGAUCAGGUGGUACGUUAUGGCUGUAUUAGAGAUCAUCUUCGAGAGACUUUAUUAGAUAUGGUAAUGCGAGAACGUAGAGGAGAAAAAGUUGAUAGAAUUUCAAUUAAAAAUGCGUGUCAAAUGUUAAUGGUACUUGGAAUCAACUCCCGAGUUGUCUAUGAAGAAGACUUUGAACGGCCUUUUUUGCAACAGUCUGCAGAAUUUUAUAAGGUGGAAAGUCAACGGUUUCUGGCUGAAAAUAGCGCAUCAGUGUAUAUAAACAAAGUAGAAGCGCGAAUCAAUGAGGAAUCCGAUCGUGCGAAACACUAUUUAGAUAAAUCAACAGAAUCUCGAAUUGUUGAAGUAGUAGAAGAAGAACUGAUCAAAAAACACAUGAAGACUAUCGUAGAGAUGGAAAACUCUGGUGUGGUACACAUGCUGAAGCACCAAAAGACCGAAGAUCUAUGCUGUAUGUACAAACUGUUCGGUCGCGUAACAGAUGGUUUGAAAACAAUGGCAGAUUGCGUCAGUUUGUAUCUUAGAGAACAAGGUAAAGCCCUCGUCCAGGAAGAAGAACACCAGCCGGCCACCAAUGCUAUCUCCUUCGUGCAGUCAUUGCUCGAUCUCAAAGACGGCUUCGACCAUUUCCUCCAGAAUUCCUUUAACAAUGAUAAAAUAUUUAAACAGAUGAUAGCGUCUGAUUUUGAACAUUUCCUCAAUUUGAAUCCCAAAUCGCCGGAGUAUUUGUCGCUGUUUAUUGAUGAUAAGCUCAAGAAAGGUGUAAAAGGCAUGAAAUCUUCUAACCUUGAAAGAUUCCUCAAUUUGAGCCCCACAUCGUCAGAAUAUUUGACGCUGUUUAGUGACGAUUACCUCAAGAAAGGUGUAGAAAUCAUGACCGAACAAGAGAUAGAACAAGUAUUGGAUAAGUCAAUGGUUUUAUUUAGGUUCCUCCAAGAGAAAGACGUUUUCGAAAGGUAUUACAAGCAGCAUCUUGCCAAACGGUUGUUGUUGAAUAAAUCUGUCAGUGAUGAUUAUGAAAAGAAUAUGAUCUCUAAGUUAAAGACGGAGUGUGGAUGCCAAUUUACUUCUAAGUUAGAAGGAAUGUUUAAAGAUAUGACUGUUUCCAAUACGAUUAUGGAUGAAUUUAAAGAACAUGUUACGAAGUCUGAGACAAAUUUAGGUGGAAUAGAUUUAUUAAUGCGAGUGCUGACAACUGGCUUUUGGCCCACACAAAACGCAACCCCAAAAUGUCAUAUACCAGCUGUACCACUAGCUGCCUUCGAAUGUUUUAGGAGAUUUUAUUUAGCCAAACACAGCGGCCGGCAACUUACGUUGCAACCUCAACUUGGAAGUGCCGACUUGAACGCUAUCUUCUACGGCCCGAAGAAAGACGAUAGCGACAAGGAUGGCGCUUGUUCUUCCUCGACAACAAUAGUCUCGAUGAGGUCAGGGCCUAGGAAGCACAUCAUACAAGUGUCCACUUAUCAAAUGGUAGUUUUGAUGUUGUUUAAUAAUCACGAUAAGUUGACAUAUGAAGAGAUCCUUAAUGAGUCUGAUAUACCAGAAAGGGAUCUAAUUAGGGCGUUACAGUCGCUGGCAAUGGGUAAAGCAACGCAAAGAGUUCUCAUAAAAAAUCCCAGGAAUAAAGAAAUAGAAUCUAAUCAUGAAUUCUAUGUUAACGAAUCGUUUAGUUCUAAACUUCAUCGAGUGAAGAUUCAAACCGUAGCUGCAAAGGGAGAGAACGAGCCCGAAAGACGAGAAACUAGGAACAAGGUCGACGAAGAUAGAAAACACGAAAUUGAGGCAGCUAUCGUUCGGAUAAUGAAAUCGCGUAAACGCAUGGCGCACAACAUCCUCGUCACAGAAGUGACAGAACAACUCAAGAGCCGUUUCCUUCCUUCUCCCGUCAUAAUAAAGAAAAGGAUAGAAGGUCUCAUAGAGAGGGAGUAUCUGGCCCGUACGCCCGAAGACAGAAAAGUGUACACAUACGUGGCAUGAACUUUAACAAGGAUCAUUAUGAGACUUUGGAUAGUGGUCCAGUGAUCUUCAAUAGAUGAAUAUUUACAUAAAUGUAAUUAUUAAUUAUUAAAUUAUUCCAACAGGU